CAUUUCCCACGAGCAUCUGAAGCCAGCAUGAUAGAUGAGUUUACCACUAGUAAUUACCAGCUGGAGGGUCAUCCAAGUGGAUAUUUCCCAAUAAUAUGUUGUAAAUAAAUACUACCUUCUCACUUGGUUAUGAUCGCAGAAUUGAAUACCUAAUCGGCCUUCUCUUUGUUUGAAUUCGCGAUGGGGCGCUGUUCGACUCCUGUCCUGUACACAAUUGCUCCCGGAAGAUGAAAACAGCAUUACCCGGAAAUCAACCGUUGCCAUGAGCUUAUUUGUUAACGCGUAGCUAGCAAAACGGCUAUUUCUACAGCCGUUUUUUUUUUUACUAAAUAAUUUUAAAUCUAUAUAAUAAUUUAUAGCUGUGUGUAGCGUAUUGUAAAACUACGGGAGAUGGGAGUCCCCGCAUUUUUUCGUUGGUUGAGUCGGAAAUAUUCUACAAUUGUUGUCCAUUGUACUGAGGAGAGGUCCAAGGAAUGUAAUGGGGUACGAAUUCCUGUUGAUACCAGCAAACCGAAUCCAAAUGAAGUGGAGUUUGACAAUUUGUACUUGGACAUGAAUGGGAUCAUUCACCCCUGUACACAUCCUGAAGACAAGGCUGCACCCAAAAAUGAAGAUGAAAUGAUGGUUGCCAUCUUUGAAUACAUGGAUCGGCUCUUCAAUAUUGUGCGACCCAGAAGGGUUCUCUACAUGGCUAUUGAUGGAGUGGCCCCUCGCGCCAAAAUGAACCAGCAGCGCUCCAGGCGAUUCCGUGCUUCUAAGGAAGGAGUGGAACUGGUUGAGGAGAAAUCCCGCAUCCGAGAGGAGAUCCUCGGGAGAGGAGGGUAUCUUCCACCGGUUGAAAUCAAGGAGAGAUUUGACAGCAACUGUAUCACGCCAGGCACAGAGUUCAUGGACAACCUUGCAAAGUGUCUCCGUUACUACGUUGCAGACAGACUCAGUAAUGACCCUGGAUGGCGUAACAUUACAGUAAUCUUGUCUGAUGCCAGUGUCCCUGGUGAGGGGGAGCAUAAGAUCAUGGACUAUAUUAGACGGCAGAGAGCUCAACCCCACCAUGACCCCAACACACACCACUGUCUUUGUGGAGCUGACGCUGACCUGAUCAUGCUGGGUCUUGCCACUCACGAGCCCAAUUUCACCAUCAUCAGAGAAGAGUUCAAGCCCAACCAGCCUAGGCCCUGUGCUAUGUGUGGACAGAAAGGCCAUGAGAUCAAGGACUGCCAGGGAGUGGCCAGGGAGAAACAGGGAGAGCACGAUGAGUUUGCAGACACUAUGCCGGCUUCUGAACAGGAGUUCAUAUUCAUCAGGCUGUGCGUUUUGCGCGAGUACCUGGAGCGAGAGCUGACAAUGGCCAGUCUGCCCUUUCCCUUUGACUUUGAGAGGACUGUCGACGACUGGGUCUUCAUGUGCUUCUUUGUUGGCAAUGAUUUCCUGCCUCACUUACCGUCCUUAGAGAUUAGAGAGGGUGCGAUAGAUCGACUGGUGGGCAUCUACAAAGACGUCGUGCACAAGACUGGAGGCUACAUCACAGAGAAUGGUUUUGUCAAAUUGGAGAGUGUUGAGUUGAUCAUGCAGGCCAUCGGCGUGGCUGAGGACAACAUCUUCAAGAAGCGCAAAGAGGACGAUGAGGGAUUCAAGCGAAGGAAUAAGGACAAAAAGAAGAGAAUGAAGGCUCAGCAGCAGGGCCCAGCCUACAUGACCGCUGGUCAGUUCGCCCCCCAGGCCCUUGGCGGCAGAGGCAGACCUGGGGUUGUCCAGAACGCCCGACACCAAGCCUUCGACAUGAGGAUGCAGGGCAGGGACCAGCACAACAAGGAUGCUGCGCAAUCCCUAAAAGCCAUGAUGAAGAAUGGUGGCCAGGCAGGAAGCAGUGAUGGGCAGGAUGGCCGGGGUGUGAAGCGGAAAGCCGAGGACAGUGACAGCGAGCCAGAGCCUGAGGAUAACGUCAGGUUGUGGGAGGACGGCUGGAAGCAAAGAUACUACAAAACCAAGUUUGAUGUUGACGCGACUGACGAUGACUUCCGCAAAAAGGUGGUGAAGUCCUACGUGGAGGGUCUCUGCUGGGUACUCCGAUACUACUACCAGGGGUGCGCGUCCUGGAAGUGGUACUUCCCGUUCCACUACGCCCCAUUUGCCUCGGACUUCAAAGACAUCAAAGGCAUGUUCACCGACUUUGAGCUUGGGACCAAGCCGUUCAAGCCCCUGGAACAGCUGAUGGGUGUCUUCCCUGCCGCCAGUGGAAACUUCCUGCCCCAAACAUGGCGGUCACUCAUGAGCAACCCAGAAUCCUCCAUCAUUGACUUCUACCCUGAUGACUUUGCCAUUGACUUGAAUGGAAAGAAAUACGCUUGGCAGGGUGUUGCAUUGCUUCCCUUCGUGGAUGAGCGCAGGCUGAGGGCAGCCCUGGCUGAAGUCUACCCAAACCUUUCUCCAGAGGAAAACAAGAGGAACAGCCUUGGCAGUGAUAUGCUGUUUGUUGGGAAGUCUCAUCCUUGCUGUGACUUCAUCCAGGAACUAUACCGUGGAGAAUCUCAUGAGGGCACUGAGAUGCCAGCAGAACUAUGCCAUGGAAUUCAAGGUACAUUAAAUCUUGACGAAGACCCUAUCCUACCAGAUAAGCCAGUGCAGUCUCCCAUCCCCAUGCUGCGGGACAUUGCACAGAACACCGCCAUUGGGGUGAAAUAUAAGGACCCACAGUACGGAGAGACCUUUGUGUUCAAGGCUGUCAUUCUUCCUGGAGCUAAGAUGCCUGAGAAGGUUCUGAAGCCUGGGGACUGGGAGAGAGGUAACCGUGGCAGGGGUAACUGGAGGCCCCAACUGGGUUUCAACUCCAACAGGCAGCAGGUCCACCUUGACCAGUCAGCCUUCAGGGCCCUGGGUCACAGCAUGAACAGACAGCAGCAGGGAGGUGGGCAGUACAGCAACGCUGCGCCCCCUGGCAACUACCACCAGGGGAGCUACAACAGGCCCCCCCACUGCGGCAGUGGUGGUCACCUCCCACCCUUCCAACAUUCUAGGCAGCAGGGUCUUCUAGGGACACCUCCCCCAUACAACCCUCCGCAGCAAUAUCCAAGGCAGCAGUAUGGUGGUGGUGGUGGUGGUGGGCAUGGCUGGGACCGGUCGCCUCAGAGAGGAGGCCACGGAGGGGGGCAGGGCCAGGGCGGCUACCAUCAGCAGCGUGGUCAGGACGACCACAGAGGAGACCGCAGAGGAGACCGUGGAGGACAACCGGGAUACCACUCUGGACGGAAUUACCACUUGCCACCCCCAGAAGGAAAAUACAAUUGGAGUUAAAUUCAGACCUAGUAGUGCUGAAGGCGAUUUUAAUUUUUAAUUUUUUCGAAAUACACGUCUUUUUCAGGCUGUUGACUUGUAAGAUGUUUUUGUUUUUAAUUCUACCUAAAAUGUUCUUCUAUGUAAUGCAUUUUUAAGAAUACCUGUAAAACUUGUGAAAUACCAGUCAGUCAAGACAAUUGUCAUUGUCAGUUCAUUUGGAAAGAUUAGCUCCAUAUUUCAGUGUACAAGUUACUCUAUUUUCUGAAAUAAAACCAAAUUCAACUUUUUGCAUCA